AUGAUUUCAGGUGCGAAGGUGAUAUUGGCGUGCAGGGAUGUUAAAAAGGCGGAACAAGCCGUGGCGGAAAUCGUGGCUGAAGUGCAGGGUGAUGGUGUCGGGCAACUGUUCGUAGAGGAGUUAGAUUUAGCAUCUUUCGCUUCUAUUAAACGCUGUGCGAAAAGUAUUUUACAAAAAGAAAAACAUAUUCACCUGCUGGUGAACAAUGCCGGCAUUAUGGCGUGCCCUAAGGGUAAGACCCAAGAUGGAUUUGAAACCCAAUUUGGCGUGAAUCACUUGGGACAUUUUCUAUUCACAUUGCUACUGUUGCCAAGAAUCCGAAAUUCAACGCCAGCUCGCAUUGUAAACGUGGCGUCUCUGGCACAUGUAUUCGGCUCAAUCAAUUUCAAAGACAUCAAUCACGACGCAAAUUAUUCACCCGCUAUAGCUUACAGUCAAAGUAAGCUGGCCAACGUGUUGUUUUCAAAAGAACUGUCUCGAAAACUCGAAGGGACCGGAGUUCACGUGUACAGCUUACAUCCCGGAAUCGUACGCACCGAAUUGACCAGAACACUCGACCAAGUAUACUUUCCGGGUAUGUGGUUCUUUGGUCGUAUCUUCCUCUAUCCGUGGGUCAAGAAUCCGAAACAAGGAGCUCAGACCACUUUAUACUGUUCGAUAGACGAGAAAUCUGGAACAGAAACCGGACUUUAUUACAGCGAUUGUAAGGUGAAAGARCCGUCAGCGGCAGCCAGAGAUCCGGAGUUAGCGAAAAAACUUUGGGAAACAAGCAUAGAAAUGGUCGGUUUAAAGGAUUACGACGUGUUCAACUGCAGCGGAGACGCGCUKCCAGAGCCUUUAAAAGAUGUCUGAACGAAAAUAUCUUAUCAUUUUUUAUCAAUAAUAAUAUAAGUAGUUUCGUAUUGUUUUUCUAUUGAUUUUUUAAAUAUAAUUUUUAAUUCCUUAAUAUUUUAUAUAAUAAAGAAACUGUUUUUAUCKAACAUAAUAUUACCUAUACCAUAUUGUUGUAGCAAAGGAGUUAAUUUUGAAAACACGUUCGUUAUUCACGAGCUUACAAUAUAGUAAUCAUUUUUUUUUCCUAGUGAUAGUUAUAAGUACCUAUUACCAAUGCCGUCGCUAUCGUUUAUUCUACAAACAAAACAACAAUAAAGUUUUUAAUGUUUUUAUUAUAACAUACGCGGUGAAGUACACAUUUGACCUUCGGCUYACAAACAAUAAUUACUUUACAAUAAAUAAUAUAAUAAUUGAUUAGUCCGUC